AUGCGCGACUUGCGAGAGCUUUACAAGUUAGAAAGUAGCCAGUGUCGUGUUUUCGAGACAGUGCGACAGUUUAUUGCAAGCGCAAAAAAUAGUGCAGUGAGAAGCGAAGUGAUCGGCGUACGCAUAGAACGCCUGGACGAUGCGUUCAAGCAGUUUCAGCUAGUGCGGGCAGAUAUCGAGCUGCAGACUGACCAGGUGACCGGGGUAGACGAUCCUGAGCAGGAGCUAAUGCUGAUCACCGCACGGGCCGAAGAAAAUGACAGCAUAUCUGUGCAGAAAGAGGACGAUUACUGCACGAUGAAGGGUGAGCUGUUGUACCUCCAGUCCUUAGCUCGUCGAUCUGAAAAUGCUGGACAAGCGCCGAACACCAGUUCCCAGGAGUCGAUCGGGUCAUCGUCAAGUUUGGCGCGCGUUAAACUGCCCGAGAUAUCUCUACCAAGCUUUGAUGGGCAGAUCAAGCUUUGGAUAACAUUCCGUGAUUCUUUUAACAGUCUCAUCCAUUCUAACAACCAUCUUUCGGCGAUGGACAAGUUCACCUACCUACGUUCAGCGCUGACAGGAGAAGCGCUUCAGGAGGUGGGCUCGAUCGAGAUUACGGCAGCCAAUUACGAAGUAGCAUGGGCUGCUUUAACAAGUCGAUAUGAGAACCGCAAACUCAUAGUCAAAACAUAUCUCAAUGCGCUUUUCAAUGCUGAGGUGAUGCGAAAAGAGAGCUACGAUGAAUUAAGUAAACUGAUAGGAGAUUUUGACAACAAUAUUCAGAUGCUGGCAAAAGUGGGUGAAUCAUCCGACGGUUGGAGCACUGUGCUGGUGUACAUGGCCUGUGCUCGGUUGGACCCGUUAACGUUGCGCCACUGGGAAACGUACCACAAUUCCAGAGAAGUACCGAAGUUCAAGGAGUUGAUGCGCUUUCUAAAAGAUCAUUGUUCUGUUCUGCAAAACCUUGCACAUCAACCCACUGCUACUGAAUCCCAGGUGAACCAGACGAGCUUCGGAGUAAGCUAUCCCAGUUCUCAUUUUUCCGCCAGAUGUCCAUUCUGUGCAGAGGAAUUCCAUUCAGCUUUCCGAUGCGUAAAGUUUUUGAAGUGUAGGGGAGAAUGA